AUGGAAAAAAGUCAGUCAGCUGUCAGCUGUGAAUUUAACUGCGGCAAAUGUAGCAUUGGAACAUUCUGUGAUACCAUAACCGGGAUAUGUCUAGAGGGAUGUCAGGAUCAUUGGGCUGCUCCUCUCUGUGACAAUUGUGAAGAAGGAUUUUAUGGGCAGACAUGUGAAAACUUCUGUGGACACUGUAGAAAUGGGACAUACUGUAAUACUUCCUCCGGAGUAUGUCCAGACAGUUGUGAGGAUCAUUGGGAUGGACAAAUGUGUAAUGGUAGACUGGUUUUUAUCUGUAUUGAGGUUUGCAAAAAAGGAUAUUAUGGACAAAGCUGUGAAUUAAACUGUGGCAAAUGUAGCAUUGGAACCUUCUGUGAUACCAUAACGGGGAUAUGUCCAGAUGGAUGUCAGGAUUACUAUGCUAGUCCUCUCUGUAACACAUGUAAAGUUGGGUUUUAUGGGCACUCGUGUGAAAAACCCUGUGGAAACUGCAGAAAUGGAACAUACUGUAAUUCAUCCACCGGAGUUUGUCCAAAUGGUUGUGAGAACCAUUGGGUUGGAGAGAUAUGCAAAGAUUGUGAAGAAGGAUUUUAUGGGCCGACAUGUGAAAACUUCUGUGGAAACUGUAGAAAUGGGACAUACUGUAAUACUUCCUCCGGAGUAUGUCCAGACAGUUGUGACGAUCAUUGGGAUGGACUAAUGUGUAAUGUUUGCAAAGAAGGCUAUUAUGGACACAGAUGUGAAUUAAACUGCGGCAAAUGUAGCACUGGAACAUUCUGUGAUACCAUAACGGGGAUAUGUCCAGAGGGAUGUCAGGAUAUUUGGGCUGCUCCUCUCUGUGACAAUUGUGAAGCAGGAUUUUUUGGGCAGACAUGUGAAUACUCCUGUGGAAAUUGUAGAAAUGGGACAUACUGUAAUAUGUCCUCCGGAAUAUGUCCAGAUGGUUGUGAGGAUCAUUGGGAUGGACAAAUGUGUAAUGAAUGUAAAAACGGAUAUUAUGGAUUAAUAUGCGAGGGCAUGUGUGGGAACUGUGGAAAUGGAACAUACUGUAAUAAGGAGAACGGAACUUGUCCUGCUGAAUGUCAGGCUCACUGGAAUGGAUCCAAGUGCGACGAAUACUAUAAUCUAGGUCAUAUAAGCACUGUUAUGCGGACGCAGGAUUUGCAAGACAUAAUUGCUUUUAAAGGGAGCGAAAAGCAACACCCAUUCAUUAUGGAAUACAAGAGGUUACCUCCCGGAGAUGUAAGCAAAUGUCCAACGGCUCAGAAGAAAGAAAACAUCACUAAGAACAGAUUUAAAACAACAUUUCCUUAUGAACAUUCGAGGGUUGUACUUGGAGAGAAAUGGGACGUAGAUGACAACGAUUACAUCAACGCAAAUUACAUUAAGGAUUUUAAAGGCGAAAGACGUUACAUCGCCGCUCAAGGUCCACGGGAGAAUACUUUGACAGACUUCCUGAAAAUGAUAUGGCAGGAAAACAUACAAUGCAUUGUUAUGUUGACUAAUCUGGUUGAAGAUGGAAAGAAAAAAUGCGCUAAGUACUGGCCGGAUAAUGAUAUGUCCAAAAAUAUUGGACAGUGUACCCUAAGUCUGUUAGAGGAAACAGUAUAUGCUUUUUAUACAUUUCGAAUGUUCUCACUUCAAAGAAGAAACCUACAUGACCUAAGGAUUAUAACCCAUUUCCACUACACAGCUUGGCCAGAUCAUGAUACCCCAGAAGAGAUAGCACUUGUUCAGUUUCAUAGAACUGUUACCAAAAAAUGGAAGUCUGAAUCUCCCUUACUUGUUCACUGCAGUGCAGGAGUUGGUAGAACGGGUACUUUUAUAGGCCUCGAUACCUUACUGAAACAAGGAAGGCAAACGGGGCGGAUCAACAUAUUUGAGUUUGUGAAGCAAAUGAGAGAGGAUCGUAUGACUAUGGUUCAAACUGUUGAACAGUAUGUGUUCCUACACAAAGCAUUACUCUGUGGAUUCCAAGAAAGAGAGACAGUCAUAUCGGAAUUGAAUCUUGAACCAAAACUUAAUUUACUGCAUAAUGACACAUCACCAUUGAAUCAACAACAAUUAUACAAGGAGUUCAAAUUCUUAGAAACCAUGAUUCCAGUUUACGAGAUGGAAUGUAAAGAGGACGCUUUGAGCUCAGCGAACAGAUCAAAAAAUGUUUACAUGGGUAUAUUACCAGUGUCAAAAUAUCGACCAUUUCUAGCAUCAAAUGCAAAGGGAAGAAAUGAGUAUAUAAAUGCAGUGAUUGUUCCCUCAUUUACUCAUCCAGCUGGGUUUAUUCUAACUCAGAAACCUCUCCCUGAUACGGAAAUAGAUCUCUGGAGAUUGUGCAUGGACUACCAAGUGGGGGAAAUGGUGGUCCUCAAUGGCUUUGAUGAGGGCAAGACACAAAGCAUGGACGUCUUCCAGAUAUAUUCCAAGAAUGAUGAUGAAGUAAUAAAGGUGGUUGAAAUGUUGCUAGAAAAAGAAAAGGAAUCUACUAUGACUUCUCUUGUUAUUAGCAAAAAUGGUGCCGGUGCAACAGGACUGUUCUGUGUUUUACAUAAUGCUCUACAACAACUUCGUAUGGAUGGAGAGGUUGAUAUAUUUACUAUUGUCCGGCAACUGCAAACUAGAAGACCGGAAGUAAUCAACAAGCUGGAAGAGUAUAGAAAAUGCUACCAAUUAGUAUCCCGAUCCGUUUCAACAAGCGGAACAUACGCCAAUAUGUGA